AUGGAGCACUUCACGGAGGACCUCGCGUGUCUCGUGUUCACGCAAGUCACGAACGUCCGCGACCGCCGCGCGCUCGCGGCCGUGAACGCGACGUUCAGGCGCGCGUCGCGUCGCGUCGAGUCGCUGCCGGUCGCGCUCGACCACAACGUCCCCGUGACAGGAACGGGCAACGGACCCGUGCUCAGAGGCGACUUCGAAGACUUGAUCGCGCACGUCUUCGACCACGACGGCGCGUUCGACCUCCCCAGAGAGCGCGUCAUGGAGCUUGUGCGCUUGACCGUCGCGGACACGGCGACGUUGCCCCUCAUUAUCUACGAAGGUACGACACCGCGCACGGACAAAGACAACUUCGAUAACUUUUGUAUCCACGCCGCGAAGGCCGGACGCCUCGACGUUUUGAGGUGGGCGCGAGAGAACUCAGACUGGGGCGAGUGGGAUUCGAUCGUCUGGCAAUCUGCCGCCAUAAAGGGACACCUUGACAUCUUGCAGUGGGGGGAGGAAAUAUGGCCCAGUUCGUGUAGUUGCCCAUGUGCGGCUGCCGCGUGCGGCGGUCAAAUCGAAACGUUGAAGUGGUUGCUUCAAGACCGAACGUGUCCUUGUGAAGACCCUGAGUGGAGAUGCGCAUCAGCCGCCCGUAACGGCCAACUCGAAGCCCUGAGGUGGCUUCGCGAAGUACACGGCGACCCGUGGGACGAGAACGUUUUUAUUCAAACCCUCGAGAACCAGCCCGAGCACGGGUACGGCGACAACGCGAAGAAGAACAUUUCGGACGUGCUUCAAUACGCGUUCGAUAAUCAGUGCCCUGGCUGGACUAGGUAUGGGGGUCGGUGGGCCUUCGAGCCAUUAAGAUUCAUUAAGAAUAUAGAGUAG